ACACUUUAUGUCAAACGCCUCCCGGUGGUAGCGCGAAGCAACAAGCAUUACAAAUAUAAAAUUUUAAAAUAGAAAAAACACAAACUUCAUCAGAAUUUAUUUUUUGAUUAAACUUCGACAAAAUAGUCAAUUCAUUUUAUACACCCAAAAUCUGUUUUUAAAUCCUAACCAAAGUCAUGUCUAAAGAAGAUAAAGAUAAGCCCCAAGUAGAUAAAGAGCUUGAUCUCUCAAAUGCAGGUCGUGGCGUCUGGCUAGUGAAAGUUCCCAAGUACAUUGCCAACAAAUGGGAAAAGGCACCCUCAAACAUGGAUGUAGGGAAGCUACGAAUCAGCAAAACUCCCGGACAGAAAGCUCAAGUAUCUCUCUCGUUAACUCAAGCUGUUGUGAAUUUAGAUCCUGAAGAAAAAAUCCCAACCGAACACAUCCUUGAUGUGUCGGUGGUGACGAAACAAACCCUCGGAGUAUUCUCCCAUGCGGUGCCUAAAGAAUCAUCCAAAGAUGAUGUUGUACCCGAAGCGGAGAAACUCUACAUGGAAGGCAGGAUCGUUCAGAAGCUUGAGUGUCGUCCAAUCGCCGACAAUUGUUAUAUGAAACUGAAGCUGGAAUCGAUCAGAAAAGCAUCAGUGCCACAGCGACGGGUUCAAGCAAUUGAUAAAAUUGUGCAGAACUUUAAACCUGUGAAGGAUCACAAACACAAUAUUGAGUAUCGAGAGAGAAAAAAAGCCGAAGGCAAAAAGGCUCGUGAUGAUAAGAACGCGGUGCUUGACAUGUUAUUCAAUGCCUUCGAAAAGCAUCAAUACUAUAAUAUUAAAGAUUUAGUCAAGAUAACUAAGCAGCCGAUUGGUUAUCUUAAAGAAAUAUUGAAAGAAGUUUGUGAUUAUAACAUGAAGAAUCCUCACAAAAAUAUGUGGGAACUAAAGAAGGAAUACCGUCAUUAUAAGACUGAUGAAGAAAAGAAGGAUGAGAAGUCACCAUCAGACAGUGAAACAGACUAGCCAUAUAUUUUUAAAUUUUGUGUUGAUGUCAAAUCAAGUCCCUAUAGGUUUCUUGUAAAUAUAAAACAAAAUAGAAUAUUAAU